AUGACAAAGAAUAUCCACCUUGCUCAAGAGCUUUUGAGACAAUACAAUCAAAAGAGGGUUUCCCCGCGGUGCCUUCUUAAAAUUGAUUUAAAGAAGGCCUAUGACUCGAUGAAAUACGAUUUUCUCAAGAAUGUGCUUGAGGGAUUGAAGUGCCAUACUACUUUCAUUAUUUGGUUUAUGGAAUCUGUUACAUCACCUACGUACUCCAUUGCUCUCAAUGGUGGACUACAUGGUUUUUUUAAAGGAAAAAAAGGGGCUUCGGCUAGGAUGUUCAAGGGAGCUACCGAAAAUAGUGAAUUUAAUUUCCAUCCUAAAUGUGCUCCUCUAAAGAUUACGCACUUGGCUUUCGCAAAUGAUUUGAUGCUUUUUGCUAGAAGCGAUGCAACUUCGGUUAGUAUUUUGAUUAAUUGCUUCGCUAACUUUGGCAACAUGUCGGGGCUAAGGAUGAAUAUUGACAAGUCUAACUUGUACAUGGAGAGGGUUCAUGGCCAAAAGAUGGAGGAAAUUAUUGAGAUUGCUAACAUCCCCAGAGGUUCUAUGCCUUUAAGCUACUUGGGUAUUCCUCUUGCAAGGGCAUCCUUAUCUUAUGUGGGAAGAAUGGAGCUUGUAAGGUUCGUGCUUCAAGGGGUUGUAUGUUUUUUGUUAUCCAUCUUUCCUAUUCCGACAACGGUUGCUUCUAGAGUCAUUUCUCUUUGUCGAAACUUUUUUUGGAGAUCUAAUAAACCAUUGGUUGCAUGGAGCAAUAUAUGCCUACCAAAGGAUGAAGGUGGACUUGGGCUUAGGGACAUCAAAAGUUGGAACUCCGCACUACUUGCGAAGACACUUUGGAAUAUUCAUUCUAAGAAGGACACCUUGUGUAUUAAAUGGGUUAAUCAAGUUUACCUUCGUGGGGCAGUAUACAAUGCCCAGGUGGCUGACAAAGAUCUGUCCAACUUGACAGGAUAUGGUAGACAGGUUGCUGUCCAGNAAUGUAGGACUUACGGAUAUGAGAUCCAUUAG